GGAGGGAGAGAAAGAGUCCGGCUCUGCACUGAGGCAAAUUGAGUCUGAGGAUUCUGAUGAUGGAUGUCUGAGGUCUGAUUCUGUGGAGUGUCUGUGGCUCUGACGUGUCUAGAGACAGAAGAGCGACUAGACAGGAGCCCGCGUGGGGGUUACAGGUUACACUUGGGAGUGGGCCGUGCUCCACUCCAUCCUGGGUCUGGAAGCAAGGGGCCAGGUCACCAUGGCACCCUGGAAGGUGGUCGUGGUAACUCUGUUCUACUGCGUGAUGGCUCAGCGGCGGAACAAAGCUCUCUUUCCGUCUGCGGUCCGAGUGAAGAGAGGGAUGGCAUCAAUGGUGAACCCAACCUUCCACAACUCCAUACAAGACGUCAACCUACUCUUUGAAAUCCUGCUGGCAGGCCUGCAGUUGGGAGGCGAGGCAGGCCCCUUUUCCCUACUGGACGCUGAACUGGCCUCCCUUCGCCAGACCAGGAAGCUGGAGGUAAUCUGUGACGACGUGCUCCCCAGGAAGCUGACCGAGGUGCGACGCCUGACCUCUCACCUCAGCAGUCACCUAGGACACCUGAGACCAGAGGACUUUGAGCGCACAGUGCUGACCAUGGUGUACACUGCCCAACGAAUCUCCAAUUCCACCUCCGGCCACCAGAGGGAGGCGUGGGCAGAGUCUUUUGUCAGUUUGUUCCAAGCCAUCAAACAAGACCUGAGUCCAGAAUAAAAACCUCUUGCCGGGGACCUGCAAAACCGCCACCCAAAUGACAGUGUGUCUGUGGAGUGGUUUGUCAUGUGGUUCUGGUGGAAUUCUAGCCUAUGCCAGGGACGAUUGAUCGGAUUUGACUUCAGACUAUCUGCCUUUUUGUGUGAUAUUUUUCCAUGACUAUUAUUAUUUUUUCUUUCAUCUGGACCUAAUUGUUUGAACUUUAAAUGAUGUGUACAGAUUGUAGGAGUUGUAACCAGGGAAAACACUGUGGAGAUUUUUGGACAGGGCCAUUUUAACUAUACAGCCACCUGGAAUGAAACAAAUACUAUUAGUGCCAGGCAAACAUAUUACAGAUUCUAUUUGUUUAGUAUUGCUAUUGAUCUGCAUUUAUUUCCAUUUAAUUUCCAUUUAUAUUAAUUAUUAGCACCGUGGCAAUGUUGUUUGACUUGACAACAGGCACAUAUUGUGAACAUGCUCUUUGCAAACUUGAAAAUGUAUAUAUAAAGGAAUCAAUAUGUUUACAGUCUGUUAAUGUUUAAGAAAUAUAGCUCCUUUAAAAAAACACAUUUCAGUAAAAUUCCUGUACAGUUUUAAACAUUUAGGAUAAAUGUACAUCUUAACCUAUGUAUAAACAUUUGCCAUACAUUCAUUUGCCAUACAACUCAAAUGCCACAUAAUAAAGUUGCCAUACAACUCAAAUACCGCAUUUCUUCGAAUAAACGCUGCAGCGUUUAUUAAAUAACGUUCAUUUUUGGUGCAGUGUUUAUUCGGGGGCUGAGGAGGUGAAUUUUUAAGAGAGAUUUCGUGAAUUGUAGCUGCAGUGCAGCCAUAGACAAACUCGUUGCUGGCAUUGUGACAAAUGAAUCAUGCAGCUAAAAACGCAGGUUUCAUUUACUACCGCUGACCUCCUUGUCUAUUGUUUGUUUGUCUAUGAGUGCGGCAACUCACUUUCUUAUUGGCUAUCAAUUAGGUGUGCAUUGGUAGUACAACUGUCUCAAAUAGUGUUCUACAUUGUGUCGAAACCUGAAGCUUUCAAACAGAAAGCUGUGCAGAAAGUUAUGUACAUGUGUAAUAAGAUAGGUUAAUCCUUUAUUUGUCCCGCAAAUAAUCAAUACUGGGGUUGAAUUUAACCAAUUAAAUAACCGUUUUCAGAUUUUUAGGGUGCAGCGAUUAUUCGAGGGCGGCGUUUAUUCGAGGGCGGGGUUUAUUCGAGGGCGGCGUUUAUUCGAGGGCGGGGUUUAUUCGAAGAAAUACGGUAUAUUGCUUCACACACUCCCUGACCAGUGAAAUCACUUCUUUACAACAUAAAGUAUACCUUGACAAAACCCAAUAGUAAA